UAGCUCGUACACUCGCGUCUGACGAAUAACGUAGCCGGCAGUUGUCGAUGUUAAUAAUUGUUAACAAAACAGUGAAUACUUUUUAGCAGUUAAAAAGUUGACAGUGUUUAGUUUUGUGAAGAUUUUUUUUUGUGACACCAAACCAUGAUUCGAAACUAGAAGCCUACAAGAUGUACGACACCACCGAGCCCACCGAUAUCUACGAGCUGACUACGACCUUCGAAGACCUGAUCACUACAACCCAGAACAGCACCUGGGAUGUCUUCAACAGUACUUUGAGCUUUAGCAGUACCUUGAACAGUACUUUAAACAGUACUUUGAGUGCGCAAAGGCAGAGGAGGAUAUGGGUCCGAACGGCGAUACUCACGAUGGUGUACCUAGUGGGAAUAAUUGGCAAUGCCACAGCCAUAGUCAUCCUGAGGAUAGGCGAACGGCGCGUGCGCAACAGGAAACAUCUGCUGCUACUGACUUCGCUCGCGGCUAACGACCUUGUCGCCCUGUUGGGCAUGCUUGGCGCGAUGGUGGUGUCGGUGGCGGCGCCGCAGCUGGCGGGCGCGCGGGGGAUGUGCGUCGGCCGGGUGGUGCUGCGAGUCUUCGGCAUCGGCAGCGUGUGCAUCGCCGUCACUAUGGCGCUGGAGCGGUACCUCGCCCUCACACGACCCUUCCUCUACCAGAAGCAAGUGACGUACUUCCUAAUCCGCCUGGCGCUGCUGGUGUCGUGGUCGUGGGCGGCGGCGCUCACGUGCGCGCCGGUGCUGGGCGUAGGCCUGUACUACGACGCCGCGCACCGCCGCUGCGUGCGCUACCGCAACGCGGCCACACCGCUCGACGUCGGCUACGCGAUCUUCUACGUCGCGUUCGGAACCCUGCUGUGCAUCAUCCUCGUGUACUGCAACCUGGCGGUGAUGCGCGCGCUGUACGCGAUCACGUCGCCGCGCGCGGGCGCGGUGGUGCGGCGCGUGUCGCGGCGGACGUGCGCGCGCGACCAUGACGCGACCACGACGCCGCACAACGCCGCCACCGCCGAGGAGGUCGCCUUCUCCCGCCUCAUGGCCACGCUCUCCGUUCUCUUCAUGCUGUGCUGGCUGCCGCAGAUGGUGACAUCAGCGCUCUACUUGGCGCUAGGUCCGGCGUAUUGGAACCGUCUGGCGACGCUGGGCGAGGCGUCGGACGUGCUGAUGCUGCUCAACUACGUGCUGAACCCCGUGCUGUACGUGCUCAUGCGCCAACGCCGCCUCACCCUCGCCGCCGCAGCGCGCUGUGCUGUCGUGUGCUUCAAGCGGAAGCACAAGUCGUCGCGCGAGUCCGGGUCGUGCUGCCUGCGGGAGGAGACCACCGUCGUCGUCAGCGACUCCGGCAGCGAGCUGCGCCCGCUCGCGCACGUCCCCACCGCGCGGCUGCUGCACACCGACUGACGAACACGACAAGUAAAGAGAGGCGCAGUGCAGCGAAGUGCAGCGCAGCUAAGCACAAUACAGCAGGCCGUACCGCAGCUCAGCACAGUGCAUCAGAGAACAGCGAAUCUCAGCACAGAACAGCAAGAUUCAGUGCAGCACGACACUAAACAGCUGAGCACAGCGCAGCCCAUCACAGAGCAAAUGUACAUGACAAGCUACCUCUAGGGAUGCAGAGAGCAAAGCCCGGUCGCCCGAUAGUAAAAAAAUUGAAUAGAGGCUACGCUUCCUGUCUCUUUCAAUCUCGAACUCUUGAUUACGCGUCCACGUAAGACCGUGUAUUUUCGAGAGUGAAUGAAAGAGUAGCGAAGUGGCAAUGACCGAAUAUCUUAUAUCUUCAAACGAGCAAUUCUUGCAUAUAUGUUACG